CCCAUUGCCUUCUCCUUUUCAUCUUCGGUUUUCUCUUCACUUCUCCUUCUUUCUCACCAUGAACUUUUCACACUAAAUGGACUUCGAGAUUUAGAUGGCUAAUUCUAGGAGUUGGGCCUUUACUUUGUCGACCUUUAAUUUUUUGGGUUUUGUGUCGACGUUGUCUCUCGUCACCAUCUUCGGCUCUGUCUUUAUGUCGUUGGGAACUUGGGAAGGGAAUCGAGCAGGGUCUUUUCUCCGUACUCCUUAGCGCUUCUCAACAGUGAUGGAGCAGGAACAAGGAGAACUCGACAGCUUUCUAAAGUGGGCGAUGAAGCUUGGCAUCUCCGAUUCUCUCCAAUCUCAAAACCCUAGCUCUUGUCUCGACCAUUCGCUCAUCAUCUCUCACUUCCCUCAUGCCAACGGGUAAUGUACACACAUUGAAUCUCAUUAUUGUUUUUGUUUUAAAUGCAUUAUCUUUUUCCUUUUGUAUUUAUGGGUUAUGAUAUGCCACAAAAGAGGUUUGGUUGUAGCUCGUGAUCUCAAAAGAAGAGAAUUGGUUCUUAGAGUUUCAAAAAUUAUGAAUAUAAUUCUUGAUUUUAU